UCAACCGUUGUUGACGUUUAGUCAAUCAAUUUGUUAUUGAUAAAAAUUGAUAAUACUUUGUACUUCAUGAAUUUAGUUUGGUUUGAAUUUUUAUUCAGGCCAUUAGUAGGGUCGCGCACAAUAAAAUGUGCACUAUUGAACAUGUCUGUAAAAGAGUAUAUACAAGUUUGAAAUGGUGAAAGAUGUUAAGCAACAAAACAAUACUCCAAAUAUUACAUGAGAAAAGUAUCUAGCUUGUUUAUAAUUUUUUUAAGUUAUUACUGCGUAUUGGUCUAGUUAGUUCAUCCUACACACAUAAGAAGCAAUGGAAAGUUCAUUAGAAGAUAAUUUAUUCAAAGCAGUACAAUCUGCAGACCAAGAAUCGAUUGUGUGUCUUCUAGACAGAGGUGCAAACCCUAAUAAGAUAGCAAAAAAUGGUAAAACAUCACUAGGUGAAGCAUGCAACAUAGGAAACUUAAGUAUAGUCAAAUUGCUGGUUGAUACAACAAAAUCUAGGCAAAGUACACAUUCAAGUAGAAAGCGCCAUUCAAAAACCCACAAACGGAAGAUAAAAAAUGAUGGUCCUCAGGAAGAAACACUUUCUAAAUACAAGAACCCCAGUGAUAGAAAAUGUAUGGGUUUGCAACUUGAAAAUAUAGGUCAGGAUUCUAAAAGAGGUGUAAACCGUGGUUAUUUUGUGUUUAUACAUAGUGAUGGCUCAAGUAGUGAUGAGAGUAGGAUCACUAGCUUGCUGUCUCCCUUGAGUCCAGUGUCACUGACCCCUUCGCCUCAAGAUGACUUGGAAUGGGAUGAAGAUAUUGGCAGUGUGGCUCCUACCACUAGUGAAGAUGAGACUUGGUCUUCAAUGUACAAGUGGUAUGCUUCAAUAUUAGAAUGCACUGGUGCAGCAAUUGCAUCUCAAUCAAUAGAGAUUUAUGGAAUUGAUCAACAAGAUGCCUUUAUGAGGACAGCAUUACACUAUGCAGCUGAAAGGGGACAUGCAGAGGUUGUGAGAUUAUUGUUAGAUGCAGGAAGCAAAGUGGAGGUAACGGCGGGCGACGGUUCGACGGCGCUCCACGUGGCCGUGAUCAAGGACCACCCGGAGAUCGUGACAAUGCUGCUGCUGGCAGGCUGCCACGUCAACAAUAAGACGCACGAGAAAAUGACGCCGCUACACUACGCAGCUUCUAACGGAUUUUUAGAUUUGGUCAAAAUUCUAGUAAACAAUGGUGCUAACUUGGAAGCCAGGGACACCAGUGAGCGCACAGCCCUGUUCUGCGCCGGCAGGGGGCAUGUUAAUGUGGUCAAAUAUCUCAUUUCAGUCGGAGCUAAUGUUAAUGGUGAAGAAAUACAUGGAUAUACGCCUCUUUGCGAGGCAGUAUGGCGCAGAUUUCCGGAAGUAGUCGAAGUAUUAUUAUUGUCCAGAGCUCGAAUAACACAUUCCCACAAACUUUUACAUUAUGCAAUAAUACAAAGACAGGAGGAGAUAGUGAAAAUGCUUGCGAAUUACGGCGGAGGGCUGAAUCUGCACAACGAUAAUGGCGACACGCCCCUGCUGCUGGCGGCGAGGCUGUCACAACCUGGAGUUGCCAGGAUAUUGUUAGAAAAGGGUGCCCACGUCAAUUCCUGUAAUAGCAUAACUGGAGCCACCGCACUCCACAUAGCUGUGGAAAGUAUAGACUGUCCUAAGAUAUUUGAGGAAUUGCUAAUAUGUCUGUUAGAGUAUAGGAUAGAUAUGAACGCUAUAGCGCUUACCGGCGACACUGCCCUGAACAGAGCGUUAUUAUUACACAAAGACCACGCGGCGGUGUUGCAAAUUCGCUACGGAGCCAACGUCAAUGCCUGUGAUUUGCAUUCCUGCGGUUUAGACAACUUAUCAAUAGCAAGUAGGCGACGCUCGAAUAAUUUAGCUCGUAUGUUAAUAAAGGCAGGCCAUCAUAUAACAGCACCCGACCCGGUGCCCCCUAAACAAGGCACAACAGCCUAUUGGCUAUAUCAUACCAGCAGGCAGCCACAUAGUCUAUCAGACAUAUGUAGAAUUAAAAUUAGAUCUAUGGCUAAGAAAAAAAUACUGUUUCAAUAUAUUUCUACAUUGCCUUUACCCACGAGCUUAAAAAGAUUCCUAAUGAUGGAAGAUGAAGGUCUAUAGUUGCUAAUGACUAGUGAAUUGUUAUUAUUACUGAAUUAUUUUUAAAUCAUUAUUUAUACUGUUGUCUUUAUGAUCAAAAUAAAUAUUUAUUGGUAGUAAAGCAAGUCAAUAGGCCAUACACAUAUCUUGUGUAUGUACAGUCAACAAUGUGGCUCAGCGCCUUUGCAUACAAAGUUCUAUGCAGGGACCUCACUACUCUUUAGCUGACUGUACUUAAUCUUACUUAUGAUUUGUUGCUUUAAAAAAUUUCUAGUCACGUUUGAAUGUUUUCUGAUUUUUUACAAUGCAAUGAAAAAAAAUUACGUUUUUUUAAAUAAUGUAGCGAAGUAUAUAUAUAUAUAUAUAUCUGCAUCAUUUUAAUGGAAAAUCGGUAGGAGGGUUUGCCUAGCAGUUUAAAAAGUAAUGGAUAUUCCUCCACUUAUCUAAUUGUCAUUAUAGUUAUUGGAUUUUUCAGAAGUUGUGCAUAUUUUCAAUAAUUUUUGCAUACAAUAAAGUAUUACGUUUUUCAUAGGAGAAAUUUCACAAUAUUUUGAAUUUCCACCCUUGUUAUGUCUUGAUUGUACCAAAUGGAAUUGUACAGUAAUAAAAACACUCAUUUACA